CGUAGUGCUGGAGAAGUGUGGACUUGGGGGAUGGGUGGGUAGGGAGGGGCAGCAAAGUUGUUUCUAAGACGUCAGUCGCGUGGGCUUAGUGUGUCCUACCUUUCAGCAAAAGGUUAGAAAGGAGACAAGGCAGGGAGGGUAUAGCUGUGAGCCGUUGAGGACACCGGGGAGUGAGUGUUUAAAGGUGUAGGGUUUCUGGCCAGCAAUAAUGGCUGGAAUGACGAUGACGCCGCCUUUGUAUGUGUUUUUUUUUGCUGACAUUACGCAGUGUUGGAGUGCCCAACGAUCCGUGGAUGGAGGUGGGCCACGUGUAGAAAGCAGGCGUUCGCAAUCUUCAUCUUCUAGCAUUUGCAUCUUGCAUGCACUAUUACCUCACUACGUGUUUUGCCGCAAAGCGCGGGGACGCAUGGUGAUGGGACCGGGGGGAAUCAGGAGUUGUGUUUUUUCUUUGCUUGGCUUUUGUCAGUGCUUGAUGGAUGUGUCCAGGUGGGGGAGUGGCAAGCAAGGCUCAGGCUGUGGUGAAGGAACAUGCCAGCCGACUUUGUGGAGUUCGUUGAGCUCGAGUGCGAGCAGCAACUCUGAGCUCUCUUGAAAGACUAGUGGGGGCAAGAAAACGACUAUGUUUCACAUCGAGCACCACGCCGUGUCGCUGUUUGACUGCCGCCUGUGCUUUGUCAGUCCGCAAUUAUGCAUCUGGUGCGCCGAAAAACUGUCUACUACUCUUAUAAUGAGGUGAAAUGCAAUGAGUUGGGAUGGAGAGUGGAAAAGAUGGGAGCUGAGAGUAAGGGAGCUGGAGGGGAGCGAAGGAAGGUAAGAAAUGUUCGAUGGAACGGGAUGUGGACGGCAUCCUGUUUGCAAGUAUUGUUUUGGGGACGAUGGGUUCGAUCUUUUUGGGAGUUUCGCGUCCGAAAUUUGAUCUUUUUAACAUAAAGGAUGGCUGUUGUGGAUGACGGCAGCACUGACCUGUAGUCCUCAAAAGACUGGCAACUGCCUGUUGCCUUGCCUAGACAAUGGUGGAGAGCGUGGGCGGGGCAUGUACUCAAGUACACGCGAGCGUGCUCAAAACGGGCUCUUCCCAUUCGGGUUCAAAAAGCCUAGUAAACAUGCAUGGAAGAGAGAGCGCAAGGGGCUCGGCCAGAGGAAGAUGGGUAUUUCUGGCGCUUCUGGUGGCUUGUAAGACGAUUACCGCGUGUCCCAAAUCGGGAUAUGUACAUGGGUGAGAGGCCAAAGGAAGAGAGAGAGCAAGGGGCGCUCUCGGCCAGAGAGUUGAAUCGAAGCUAUUGAGUGGUGCCAACUUCAGGCAGUGUGAUGCUGUGGAAAAAGCUUAUAGCCGUCCGGAUCGGCGGCUACAGUGUAGUGCUGGAGCACAGGAAGGGUCCUUCCGUCUUCAGCUUACAUAGUACGUCGAGAUCAUUGAUUCACUUGGGCUGUGCCGACAGUCCUCGAGUUGAUUCUUCAAAUCGGGUUCGGAUAGGGCGUGUUAGACUCGACAAGCAGUCGCGACUAUGUGCUAAUACCCUUAUAGCACUGUCCUUCCCGAGUUGGACGGCAGGGGUGGGCGAAAACAUUGGUAGAGUCUGUGUGUUUUGUUGCAUCAACUCUGGCGGUGUUCUGAUAGCUCCGAAGAUCUCCUUCUGGACGACGCAAAGCCGUGGUUUGCUGCUUCAGCUGAGGGGCGGAGUUAUUCUCGAAGUCCAAUUUGGCAUUCCAUUAGCAGAGCACAGCUUUCAUGCUUGCUUUGGUGGUUUUGCCGUCUUUCUCUGCCUCGUCUUGUGACUGUUGUUAUUCAACUUCAUUUCAGGAAAGUGGAGAGUGCGCCUGAGAAGAAGGCGCAGUCGGAUGGAUGUGCAGUCCUCUUCUUCCCCUUCGGACAGAUCUUCCUUGCGUGGCGCAUAAUCGGUUAUAAUUUGGUCUGCAAGCUCACUCGCUCAACGUGUCGGCACCCACGAUUGUGGGUUGUCGCAUGUGUCAUUUGUCUGUCAUGUUUCCCAAGAAGAAGAUGAGAGAUACGGAGACCUAUCCAUCUCAUGUUAUGAUUUGGUCUCCGAGCUUACUCGCUCAAGAUGUUGGCGUCUACGAUUGUGGGUUGUUGCUUUGUCUCAUUUUUCUGUCAUGUUUUUGCAACAAGAGGAUGGGAGAGAUGCAUUGAGACCUACCACCUCAUGUGUGUUGUUUCCCUUUUGUUACGUCUGUCUGGCAUUCAAGGGCGAACCUCAACGGAUCUUCAUUUGCCAGCGAGUAUUUGCUGCAAAUUUCGAAGUGUGAAUUCUUCCUCUAGUUGUAGCGGGGACUGUGUGCCACAAGUGGUGUCCCUUGACUUUUACCAUUUCUCAAAGUGAUGGUGGAGUUCGCGAUACGAGGGAGAGCGAGGACAGGUGCAGGCAACUCCGAGCAAAGGAUCGGGCACUGUGGUUGAGGAUGGAGGUUGUUGGACAUUGGAUGCGGGGCAGUCGAUGGAUGCAAGGAUAAUCGCGGUAUGCGGCGAAUGCUGGAUGUUGUUGGACACCGAAUGUGGGGCAGUCGAUGGCUGCGAGUGUAAUUGCGUAACUGGUCAUUUUGACGAGGAGGAAACAACACAGCUGCAAACAGGCAGCCAGCGCAAACGGAGAGGGAGCAGCAGUGUGAAAGGAAAAUAUUUCUAAGGGAAGACCAGGGAAGUGGAUGUCUGUUGUGUUUGUGUGUACUCCACCGUAUACCUCCUGAAGAAUGGCGAGAAGGAAGCUAUACAGCUCUGGAUGCCGGACGAUCUUCAUGCGCCUGCAGCUGCAUUUUGUCCAUCCCCUUGGGAUAGGUGUGUGGCACUGUGUGCCCCUACAUCAUGACUCUUUUUUUUUCUCACUUGCCUAUGGAGACUGCAAGCUACCUGCCUUUCCAGCUGUGUCUGUAGGAACCAAGGAGAGAUGUUAAUGGAUCAGACACUAGACUGCGUUCCGCUUUGGGAUUGGUUGUCGUCAUCUUCAUCGGUUUGUUCCCUCCUCCUGUCCUCCCUCCCUCCCUCCCUCCCUCCCUCCAUCCAUCCAUCCAUCCCUCCCUUCGUCUUUCCUCUGCUCCCUGUUGACCAUGGAAUCGGACGCUCGACCGUGGUCCGCUUUGGGAUCCGGUCGUCGCAUCUCCGUCAGUCAGUUCGUUCCCUCUUAUAUCCUCCCUCCGUCCCUUCUUCUUUCCUCUUCUCCCUUUUGACACAGCUGGCAGGCAACUUUUGCCUGGUUCCUUCUGUAGCGCGUGUCUUUGUCUUUCUUUCCUUAACGUUGACCCCAUUGGCGCUUGGCCUUUGCCACUGGAUGGUAAGGGCGACGCUCACUCUACUUGCAUGGUGUGCCUGUCCAGGCUGUUGUUGCCGAACUUCAUCAAACCUGGAUUGUUUGGCAGCAGUCAUAGAUACUGAAUAGCGUGUCUCGCAACUUGUGCAAUUUGUU